UGCUAUGGCGACGCGUCUUAUGAAUUUUGAAUGAAAAUAUCAACACUUUGAUCGCUGUUGGUUGGUUGAGAGUCGAGGCGAUUUCAGAGACUUUUGCUGAAAAUUUUCUUGUGCUGAACUUGAGAUUUUGAAGCUGUUCGGAGGAUUUCAGAGAGAGAGAGAGGAGACUUUUAUUCCAGAAGGAGAUCGGAUAAUAUAUCCUAGCUAACGCUACAUCGUUUUAUUUAUUUUUAUUUAAUAUUAUUUCUGAGGACGCUUUAAUUUGAUUGUUCUUUUCUUAUUUUUGAGGGAGUUUUGUUUUAUUUAUUAUUGUUUCUUUUUAUUUUAUUUUUUUAUUUUUUGGGGGUGGGGUAUUUCUGAGUAUUUUGGGUGGGGUAUUACUGAGGUGGGGUAUUUCAUUGUAUUUUAUUGUAUUGUAUUUUGUAUUGUAUUGCUCUUGUUUGCAGGAGGAUGCCAGGCCCGACCGGGACUCAGAGCCAUGAGCUUAUUCCUGGAUAUGUAACAUCUCUGUCUUGUGAGUUUGUUUCUGUCUCCACAGGUCCGGCUGACAGGAAGAGAGAGUGGCAGAGAGACAGCCAGCAGAGCCCAGAUGAUGGACGUCCGUCCACUUCUUCUCAAGACUCUCGGAGAGCAAAGGCAAAGGCAGAGGAAGAGGAGAAGCUUCAUUCCCGUGACUGGAGCGGCAUCAUCCCAGACCAGAGAACUGCACCGAUACCUGAGAGAAGAGCUGAGGGCAUCUGUGCUUUCUUACGGAGAAUCGGGAAGGCUGUAAAGCUUGACUGCAGUGAGGUCGAUAUACUUGUGUCCACAUAUCCCUCCUGCAAUCCCACGGAUGUCCAGCAGGAUUCAUCCGAGUUUUACUGGGCAACACCAGUGCAUCCGUGUCCAUCUGGAGUCCAGCUGCCGUUUAAUGCCGAUCCGGACGAUCCCGAACACUCUUGCACAUCUGUCCUGGACCCAGAGCCGGCAGUGGCACGAGAUCUAGAGCUGAUGUCUUUCUCAGGAUUGUCCAGUCUCUCUAGUAUCGAGCUGACGCCGGACUCUAUUCAGGACGAUCCUGACGAUGCAUCGUCUGUCCCGGAUUUUGCUGAAAGCCAAACAAAGAAGAAGAAGAAAGAUGUGGGUGCGUUUCUCCGUAGGAAAUGGAGGGCUAUGAUAGCGCCGGCUGUUGAAAAACAAUCAAGAAGGAGGGUGAAGAAAGGCUCAUUCAUCCAACGAACAUGGAAAACUCUAAAGGUUUCCGCUCUUGGUUGUUACGGGGACGACACAGUGGACCCAGAUCCAGCAGAUCUACAGCCACAAAUAUCUGUCCUCUCCAGGGACUUAACCGAGCCAGGUCCAUCUCACCGCGAGAUCAGUUCUGACCAGUUACCCUUCGCGGGUCCAUCUCACCGCGAGAUCAGUUUAGACACGUCACCCUUCUCAAGUCCAUCUGGUUCCCAGUCAAGUUUCUUUAGCUCCGAUUCAUCGUCUGCUCCAUGUCUGACCGAUCUUCUCUCAGAGUUAUCAAUUUUAAUGGGAGAUUACGAGCCUGUUUCCAGUUAAUCCAGUCUCAAGCUGAUCCUGAGCUGAGUUGUAGGACUGUGCACACGUUUCUUUUCUGUAUUGACUAAGCCUGAAUUGCGGAAGAAUCAUCAAACUGAAGCUGAAAUUGGGCAACCUGAUAUACACGGACACUGUUGGUUGAGGACUAAAUUGGACUUAGGGUGAUUUCAAUUUUCCACGUUGCUGUUGUUUUUUUUUUUUCUUGAUUGUUUCAAGUCCUUUUGUAUUUUAUUUUCAUUUUUUACAUUUUUUAUUCUGACUGAAUAUUGUAUUGGUUUCUCUCAUCUUUUCCUAUUUUGUUUCUAAGGUGACGAGAGUUGAAAGGAGAAUUUAAAGAGUAAUUGGGUGAAAGAGUUGUAGCUAGAAUUAGAUUCAAACGUAGCUAAAAUUAGGUCAGACGCGUCUCAAGCCAUUAUACGGCUGGAACUGCAAAUACGGCUGGAGCGUUUGGUUGUUGGUUGUAGAGCGAGACACUGCUUCACUGCUGCUCGCCCUGCGAUCG